AUGAAUUUUGUCGAGCGAUGUCCGGGUAUGUAUUGUGGUCGAGAGUUGCUCUCUGAUGGAAACUGGACAGACUGUGGUGCAUGUCCUCGAGGGUUUCGUACCAACUCAUCGUCAGCAUGUGUACCUUGUGAUGAAAUGCCAAUUUUUUACGACUGGCUGUACUUAGGAUUUAUGGCAUUACUUGCACUAGUAUUACACUGGUUUUGCAUUGAUAUGGUAGCUUUGAGGCGUAACAUACCUAAAGAAGUUAUUGUUAUUCAUCUGUCAGCUUUAUUAGAGAUUGUUUGUGCAUCACUGAUUACCUUACAAGUGACUAAUCCAGUUGGAAGUUUUGAAAUAAGAUCAUGCAGAGCCAGAAAGCUGUCUGACUGGUAUACUUUGCUGCAUAAUCCUUCUCCAAAUUAUGAGAAUUCAUUGCACUGUACGCAAGAAGCUGUGUAUCCAUUGUAUACAAUGGUUUUUAUUUUUUACUCUCUCAGUGUUACUAUUAUGAUAUUGAUAAGGCCAUUAAUCGUAAGAAAAUUUUUACCUAAACAAGGUAAAUAUUCUAUUUAUGCUGCUUUAUAUUUCUUUCCUAUUCUCGCAUUGCUACAUGCCGUUGGAGGUGGAUUAAUAUACUACUCAUUUCCAUAUAUCACAAUUAUUUUAUCAGUCUUAUCAAAUGCAGCGCAUUUUGCAUUUAAAUUAAACCAGACUAUGAAAUCAUUAUUAUUCAGUUCAAUAUCCGAUGUAAGAAACGUUAUCGUAAUUCUUGGACACUGGUUGUUACAUGGAUACGGAAUAAUGGCAGUAGCAACAUUACGAAGUGUAAAUAUUCACCCUACGAUGCUUCUUUUAGUACCUUUACCAGCACUUUUCUACAUAAUUACUGCAAGGUUUACUGAUCCCCAUAAACUUCAUGCUGAAUAA